AUGGCUACUCCGGAUCUUACCGCAACCAUCAAUGCCAUACUCACAACCACUAGCGAUACGACUUUAUUGCGCGCCAUCUUGGCCGAUGGCGGCGUAGCUUGGCACAAGACCGACGCAGUGCUCAUUUUGAACGGUGUCGGAGGGCAGCACGUAACCUGGCCACUCAAAGCUUUCGGUUACCUCAUGGCCAAUGACGUACUCACCUGGGAUUGGACCUAUAAUAUACAUGGUGAUUUUGGUCAAGAUUCCGAAAGCGGCAAUGCUUUUAUCAAGCACAGCAGCCUUACUCAAAGUUUGGUAGCAACUGUCGCUCCUCAACCUCAAGAACUCGCGGGCAAAGCGAUGAUCAGUGGAAUAGGCAAGGUUGUUAAAGUUAACAUUGACCUGACCAAAGAAGACGACGGAGUAUGGCACCUUACCGUUCAUGCUGAACAUGAGGUGUUUGACCCGGAAAAGCAAUUCGAGAUCAUUUAUCGCUUCGGAAAUUUCUCUCCUGAGUUAUCCGAAAUGAAGGACAUCCAAUUGGAUUCUCUGAUGUAUUUUCAAGGUACUGUCCAUUCAAAAGAUGAGGAGUCUAAACAUAUCAUUGUCCAGGUAUUACACCAUACUGUCGUAUUAGUAUAA